AUGAUUAUCCUGCCAGUAUUAGAAUACGGUUUGCCAAUCUGGGAGAGUUGUGCCAAGUAUCACCAUGAUGAAUUACAGGUUAUCCAAAAUAAGAUCCUAAGGAUGAUCCUUAACAGUCCUCCAAGAACGCGCAAGUACACAUUAGCUACGAACCAUGAUACGCCUCCCGUAAUUUCCCAUGUUUCCAGUACUCAACCAUCGUCCGUUGCGGCAGAAAAAGCCCCGGGUCACUUUUCAUCUGUGUACUACCUGAAUGCGAGAGGUUUGCGCACCAAGAUCGCUCAACUGCGGCUACUGUUAAGUAGCAGCGAUUACGACGUGAUUGUUUCCAUGGAAAUGUUGCUCAACGCCGUUAUCGACAGUGCAGAAAUAUCGUCCGAUUACAGGUCAAGUCACCCUAGUUGCAGCUCCGUGUCAUUGAGUGACUGUGACCAGCUCGACCAAGUAGCAGUUCGCAUUAGCUUGCAGCAUCGAUCGCUUUACUUUAUUCGGGACACGCAAGUGCUUUGCAAACAAUUAUGGAUCGCUCGUCGUAUGCUGACAUCGUUCUUUCUAUUGGAGACUUCAACCUUCCCGCCCUAUGUUGGCAAUUUGACGAUGAAAUCAACGGAUAUGUUCCUCCGAUCAGGAGUGCAAUCUCACGGAAACUCUCUUCGCAACCGGUUUGGGCCAGAUCAUCUCGACCUCGUUUUGCCUCCGAUUCCGUUGCUUCCAUUUGAUACUCAUCACGCACCUUUCAUUUUAUUGAUUGACGAGGGUAAUGACGCACCCAUCUCUCUAGACGAUGAGAACGAUUGUCUGAUGUAUGACUAUCGAAAAUGUGACUUUGAGUCAAUAAACAACGCACUUACAAACAUCAACUGGGAGACUGUACUGGCAAUUGACUGGCAAUUCAUCGAUUCGCAAGAGGAUCUGAUAGACAUUGUCGACAUGUUUACCGCAACGAUUCGAACAGUAAUUGAAGCUCAUGUUCCACUGCAACGACCGCCGAUGAAACCUGCUUGGGCUAAUCGACGUCUCCGUGAGCUGAAGCGCUGUAGACGAGCUGCUCAACGAAACUAUCUAAUAAAUCGCACGAUCCUGGCAAAGCAUAGGUUCAAACUCGCAAGCAACACAUACGCAUUUAACAAUCAAUUUCUGUACUCUCGUUACAUUGAGCGAACUCAAAGAAGUUUACGUCGACAUCCAAAAAAGUUCUGGACUUAUGUUUGUUCUAAACGAAAGGAAAAUGGAUUACCAGCUUCCAAGUUCCUCGUUACUAUGCCAGAUCAGAUUGACGCUGCAAUACGCGAUACUACGCAGGAGAUUUUCGCUUGUGGAGUUUUCCAAGUGACAGAAGCGCACGUUUUGAGAGCAAUUCGAGAGCUAAAACAUUCCACUUGUCCUGGCCCAGACGGGAUCCCGAAAUCUUUGUUGAAAAACUGCUCGAACGAACUGGUGGCGCUGUUUAAUCUUUCUCUGCAACAAGAACUGUUUCCUACUAAUCCAUCAAUGCAAGUGGAUGCUGUGUACACGGACUUCAAGGCUGCGUUCGAUCGUGUUAAUCACGACAUCCUUCUACGAAAGCUGGAUAAGCUGGGGCUCUCCGCCAUGCUCAAAUUUGCUAGCGUGUUUGGAAACCGGGUGCAAAUUACGGAGAAAAUGAACAUCGUUGCCAGUCUAGUCCCAAGAGACGUGGUAGAGCUGGAUGUGUCCAAUAUUAAAUGCAUCGAAAUCAUCAUCAAGGAUAUCCUGUUCAGCUCUUGCCGAAACUAUAAUAGCAUCUCCCAAUAG